GAAGCCGAGCCGGGGGGGGGGGCAGGAGGGGAGCGACGGAUGGGGGUGGCUGAUCCUGGUCGCUGAGCGAAGGGAGCCGCUGAGCCAGCCGCCUCCUCUCCUUCUCCCCCGGCACCAUGAACAGGGGCAGCGGCGCCGCUUCUUGCCCUUCGUCAGUCCCCGGCGACGGCCACAGCAGCGGCCACAGCGAGAGCCGGCGGGUAUGUAGCAACUGCCGGAAAGUGCUGAGGCAGGAAAAGAAAAUCAGAGUGUCUCUGCCUUUAAGAAGAGGACCAAGUGCCUUUAUACCAGAAAAGGAAGUUAUCCAAGCCAACAGUUUGAAUGAACGCACGCACCUGCUUGUGGAAGAAUAUUCUACAUCUGGGCGCCUAGACAACAUCACCCAAGUCAUGAGCUUACACACGCAGUACCUGGAGUCUUUCCUCCGCAGCCAGUUCUAUAUGUUGCGUAUGGACGGGCCCCUUCCUUUGCCCUACAGGCACUACAUUGCAAUCAUGGCUGCUGCCAGGCACCAGUGUUCCUAUCUAAUAAACAUGCAUGUGGAUGAGUUCCUGAAGACUGGAGGGAUACCAGAAUGGCUGAAUGGCUUGGAAUAUGUUCCGCAAAGACUGAAAAACCUGAAUGAAAUCAACAAGCUUCUUGCACAUCGACCUUGGCUACUUUCGAAAGAGCACAUUCAGAAACUUGUCAAGACGGGGGAAAAUAAUUGGUCUCUUCCUGAGCUGGUGCAUGCUGUGGUCCUCUUGGCACACUACCACGCCUUGGCAAGCUUUGUCUUUGGUAGUGGCAUCAAUCCAGAGAGAGAUCUUGAUGCCUCGAAUGGCUACAGGCUCAUAUCGGUUAACAACUUCUGCGUCUGUGAUCUUGCCAACGACAACAAUAUCCAAAAUGCGUCCCUCACAAGUAACAACUUUGGGAUCUCGGAUUCUUUGAGUGAGCUGGAGGCCCUGAUGGAUAGAAUGAAGAGGCUGCAGGAGGAGGAGGACGAGGAGGCCUCUCAGGAGGAAAUGGAUACUCGCUUUGAAAAGGAAAAGACGGAGAGCCUCCUAGUUGUCACUGAAGCCUUUGAUGAUGAAAUAGUUUCUACAGCAGACGUGUCCCGCUACGUUGAAGAUCCUGGUUUUGGGUACAAAGACUUUGCUAGGCGGGGUGAGGAGCAUCUUCCAACAUUUCGAGCCCAGGACUAUACCUGGGAAAAUCAUGGAUUCUCCCUUGUGAACAGGCUUUAUUCUGACAUCGGGCAUCUCCUGGAUGAGAAGUUCCGGAUGGUCUAUAGCCUCACAUAUAACACUAUGGCCACCCAUGAAGAUGUUGACACAACCAUGUUAAGAAGAGCUUUAUUUAAUUAUGUUCACUGUAUGUUUGGAAUCAGGUAUGACGACUAUGAUUAUGGAGAAGUUAAUCAGUUACUUGAACGGAGCCUGAAGGUUUACAUUAAAACAGUGACCUGCUACCCAGAGAGAACUACCAAGCGCAUGUACGAUAGUUAUUGGCGCCAGUUCAAGCACUCUGAGAAGGUCCACGUGAACCUUCUUCUUAUGGAGGCUCGCAUGCAGGCUGAACUCCUUUAUGCCCUUCGUGCCAUUACGCGUCACUUGACCUGAAGCACCAUCACAAGCGUGUGAAUACAGCUUCCAAACAGAUAUGCAGUAAAACCUGCCUGUGGUGUAGCAUCAGGCUGUUGGAUUCUCUAGUGUCAAAAGCUGAAGCUGCUUUUCCAGCGGCGGUUAACGUGCAAUGAUCUAUAUCUUUCCCCCCUUUAUUCUUGAUGCUUAACAUUACUAACGAUAGCAAAAAUAACACUGAGGAACACUACUUAAAUUGUUUCCGGUUGGAGUAUUGUUCACAAACCCUAAGCUGGUUUGUUAUAUUUGAUUAUUUUUCUAUUUCUUCUUGCACCCAGAAGAAAAACACUUGGCAGUGUCUCUUUUGAGGUUCUGUUUCCACCUAUCUUACCUAUGAAUGGAAUCCAGUAAAGGAUUUUAUUUUAUUUUACUCUCCUUUUAGUUCUUUUUAGAAUAUUAACGCAGCUUUCCCCAAUCCAGUGCGUGCUGUGUUUAAACUGAAUUGCUCAACUGGCUUAUUCUUACGGUUUUCUUAGAAAUUUAGUAUUUCAGCAGUAGUUUUGAGGCCAACUGCCUUUUUUUUUAAUGUGAAAGGAACCGCUGCAAAUUCUGCGGCGUGCUACUGAGAUGCAGCAUUCAAAUACUUGGGGGGGGGGUUCUAA